AUGAUCUGGUUUACAUGUUAUUGAGUUCCGGGUGUGGGCCAGUUUAUACCUGUAUGAGCAGACGGUUAGCAGACAAGGUGGGCAAAUGACUGUGUAUCGGUAGGAUUUCCAGCCACCAUGAAACGCGUCGGGUACUGGAUUAGCGAAAAGAAGGCAAAGAGCCUGAAUUUGGAGGAUCAAAAAGAAGUUUUCAGAAAUGCAGGCAUUGAAUUGAUUAAGUUGGAUUUACUUCACCCAUUAGAGGACCAGGGACCAUUUGAUCUCAUCCUUCACAAAUUUACAGGUCUAAUGGUGAAAGCAGAGGAGGGGGACGCAUCAUCGAUCGCCACCUUAGAAAAUGUCAAGGACUACAUUAGAUGUCACCCAAACUGUAUAUUAGUGGACACGUUUGAUUCGUUGAAGAACCUGAUAGACAGGAACGAACAAUACAAACUACUGCUGAGAUGUCACCUUCUCGACUCAGAUUCCUGUGUGUUUACCCCCACCUUUGUAGAGCUGACAACGACAGACAUCAGCAUUAAUAAGGUUCGCCUACAGCAAGCCAACGUCAAGUUCCCAUUUGUUUGUAAACCAAUAGUUGCCCAUAGCACCAGUAUGUCCCACAAGAUGUGUAUCAUUUUCAACGAGUAUGGUCUGAAGGACGUCCAGCCGCCGUGUGUUGCCCAGACUUUCAUCAAUCACAAUGCCGUUCUUUACAAAGUCUUUGUGAUAGGGGACAAACAGUAUAUUACAGAGCGACCGUCGCUGAAAAAUUUCUACAAUGAGGACCAAGAAACAAUUUAUUUCGAUUCCAGUCAGAUAUCCAAGCCAAAUUGCUCAAACGCACUAACAGAGUUAGACGAGGGUGACCCAAACAGGAAUGAAUCCCCAGUAAAACCUGACCUUGAACUGCUGAAGGAGCUAGGACAAGUCGUUGGUCUCGAGUUCCAGAUACAACUCUUCGGUAUUGACGUCAUUGUUGACUGUAUCACCAAUAAAUAUGCUGUAAUCGACAUCAACGCCUUCCCAGGUUACGAGGGAGUAGAUGGGUUUGUCCAGUUGCUCUGUAACCACCUGAUGUCACUUAUGAACAGGCAAGCAGCCAACCAAUCGAACGAUAAGAGUUUAGCUGGAACGAAACACAAUAGCCAUCAUCUUCACUUAGAAAAUGGCCACUGUGAGCGGCGGAAGCGUCUGAAAUAUUCCUCCCCGGAGCCGGAAGAGCACAAUGGAGUUUGUAGCAAGUGUUGUGAUAAUUCAUUCAUGUCCGGUGGAAACAAGACUGUUCAUAUGUGCCAGGCCAAAAGUUUGAGUGAGGAUUUCAGUGUGCAAGUAGAGAAUCGAGCGAAAUCUGAUGUCAUACCGUGGAAACAGCCAAUCAACGGCUGUGUAGAACAUAGCCUCUAAACUCCACGAGAGUUUCUAUAAUCUAUGCAGGACUUUAUAUUUUAACUACAGGUUCAAAUUGUUAUAUUAUUAUAUCUGUAAUGUCCCUGUGAUCAUGUAGAGAGAGGAUAACAAAGGUCAGAGGUCACUCACUCAACGGCAGUUAUUUCAAUGUAUAAUCUUUUGACGUUUUUCCUCUUUUUUUUUUUUUGCUUCAAAAUAACAUGAUAGAUGAAAGAUUUAUAAUUUAAAACUCUUCAAAGUUUUAAUUUUAUCUAAGUUUUAACUUAUUAAAAAUUCGAAAAAUUACAACUGUUAAAAAAAAAUGUUGACGAUUUUGAAUCUUUUUUAAAUAUGAAAAACAUAUUCCAACCAAAACAUACAUUAUUUUAAGCAAAGCUCUUCUUGUCCUAACAGAAUCCGUAUUUCUUGAAUAGGUCAGCUAGGUGGAAUAAAGUCCUCAGGGAGAUAUAGUUCUGUCGCUUUUAUAAGCACCUGUUCAAGACAUUCCAUUCCCCGUAAGUGAAAAGAAGUGCUCUAUCAUUAGGGGUCAUUUUAUUGGCUGUUGGUGGACAAAAGAAACAUGUUUAAACCAAUAAGAUAGGUCAAUUGAUCAUUCAAAGCUUUUAAUUUUCAUUGGUCAAAUCCAUUUCAAGCAGUGAAAAUGUUGAUAUCGUUGAUUGCUUGUGGUGUGUUUUAAGGUCAGAAUUUGCAUUCAGACCAAUUUUACUGGUUCAAGACUCACCAGAAAACAACAUCAGAUCAUUUGUUCGUUCCAUUCUGUGUUCAGAAACAAACGAGUUUAAUGCAGUGACUUACAGAUUGGUGUCAGACAGUGUAAGGGAGAUAACUCUAAUACAAAAUUUUCCCCUGCAUAAAAAUAAUGUAUGGUUUGUAUACUUUUGUUUGUGCAUAAACAGGUUUUGGACAUCCAAUCAUUUAGACUGCUUGAAAAUAAGAUUGUAAUGUAACUGUUAUUCUAGUGAAGUUGAUUGAAGGUCUUUAAUCUUCUCUCAUGUAUGCAAGUCUGUAAGAUGUAUAGGGCCCUUAGUUAUUCCAUAAUUGUAGCAUUUGAUUCCUAAUUUUAUUGCUGGUCACUUAAGUUGUUAUAGUCAAGACUCGAGGCAUUUUUAAAACUAUUUUUAACAUAAUAGUUGUAGUUGUACAUGUAGUGGGUUGUAUGCUUUGAGAGAAAUUUAAAGUCAAAUUGGAUAUUCGACUGAUGAGACAUGUGUCUACGCAGAUUCUGCAGUAAAUGUUUCUUGGUUUUAUACAAACCUUUUUCUAUUCAGAAAUUUCUCGAGUCGGUGAAUUCAGCAGUAGUUAAAAGUAUAUGUUUUCUUCCAUACUGGUUGUUGUUUUAUUGCUUUGAACGGUAUCAAUUUUUUUUUUUUUCAAAACAGCUAACAAAGUCUUUACAGUAUCUGUCAAACUACAUGUUAUUCAAUUAUUUUUUUAUCUUGCGUAUAAAGCAUAUAACAUUAAGUAAAGUAAUUUAAAUUUCUACAAAGCCUGCCCCAAGACACUUUAUCUACAGGGAUGUGAUCAGUUUCAGCCAUCUCUUUAGUUGUCUUAAUACAGUUUUAAGUCGGUCCAGAUGCUGAAAUUUUAUUCCAGUGCUGUCAAAAGCUCCAUAGGUCACGGUCGUCUUUAGCCGGUGAAUUAGAAGUAAAUUUGUUGUUGAUUUAAUGAUUUAUAUAGAAGACUCACAGUCUAUGUAGACCGUGUUAUUGUUUAUUCAACAUGUUUUCCCUUGCUUGCAAAUGCAGCUUUUUACGCAAUUUGUCAGGAUAUGGAGAUUUCGCAACCAUGGUUAGACUUUGUAUCUAUUUAUAAAUUAAGUCACAACUGACUGUUUUCCUCCUACAUCAAACCCUGUAUUUUGAUAAAAACCUAUUAAUUUGAUAAAACAAAAGAUGAAAUAAAUAAAUCUAGAGUACCAUAUAGAAAAAUCUACUCUUUGUUUGCAAUAUCAGUUUAUAAUCGUUAAAGAAUUGUCAUUUUGGCCAUACUUUCAUAAUUAUGAUAGAUUCUAAAAAAUGAAAAUUUUAUUUCAUUUUAUCAAUUUUAUCAAUUUCUCUUGUUGGCCCAGUUGGAAGUACAUGGUGGGUCUAAUGUAGGAGAUAACUGGAGUUCCCAGGGAAAACCCUUUUUAGAAAAAAAGAAUCGAUUAUGUAUAUCUGAAUAUAAUUUCAGUUUUUCCAGGAAUAACAGUAGUCAAUUAGAUGAGUGAUAUGUGUUUAGGUGUGUAGGCUUGUUGAUAGUCUAAGGGAGGUAGGGACAAGCUUGCCAAGGAGAACACGUUUUAUCUGUUUGCAUGCUAUUUGCAUGUUUGUUUAGGAAUAUUAUAUAUAUUUUUUAGACAGAAGACUAGAUUUUCUAUUCUUUGCUUUAUUGAGCGGGACAGUAUUAAAUGUUAAAGGUCGGUAGAUUUUAUAAGUAGUACAUAUAUAUACGAGAUACAGACGUUUCUUAUUGCAUUUGUUUGAUAUAUUAAAUUGUGUUUGUUUUCAUAACACAAAAACAUUUAUGGUUGAAGAUGAAAAUUCAUUAAACUUUUACGUGAUAUUUUUGUUGUCACCUGUUAAAAGUACAGAAAUACAAGUGCAGGGAAAAUUCAGAUUUUACAAAAAAAGACUGUCUAUAAAGACCUUAACUCUAUUACUACUCCACAAAGAGUGCCCCACUUUUAAAGAAAAUAUUUCUUUGAAUAAGUAGCUAGAAAGGCCAAUUUCUCACAUUGCUAAAUCACAUACCCGUGGUCAGAAAUAUGUAAUAUCUUCUCAACAUUUUCUUCUCAGUCGUAAAUACGCACAUCACAUACGUGAGGACACAGGCCAUAAAGAGAUACAUGUACCCGACUGUGCUUUAUAAAAUUUUAAACAAUCCUGUAUUGUAACGCUUCAGUCAGUAAGUUUGUAUAAUGAUUUUUUUUCUGUAGAACACAUUCUCUCCUCGACAAUAACACAAUAUGACACCAGGCUUAUACAAGCAUUUAUCAUGAUCUACCUGUAGCUAAAACAAGAAAAAAAGUACAAUUCAGACUCAGCUAAGUGAAAACUGGAUUCAACUAAAAAUGUUGAAAUUAAACAACUGAGACAAGUCUGUACUAGAUUCAGCUAAAACACUAAAAACUAGACUCUACUAAAUAAACUAAAAUAAAUUACUAAGACGAGUCAGUACCAUAGAUUCAACUAAAUCAGACCACUAAAUGAAUUAAUCUAAGAUUCAAAUUAACUCUUCUAACUGAAUUUCUCUAGGUCAAGUCCAAACUGGACUCAAUUAAAACAAGUCCAAACUGGACUCAAUUAAAACAAUUCCAAACUGGACUCAACUAAACAAUUAAAAAAAAAAUGGACUCAACAAGUUAAACUGGGCUCAGAUUAAACAAGUCAGAUAAACUAAACUACGAGUAUUGAAACUUAACUAAAAAUAUCUUAAUUAGGCUGAGGAAGUCAGUAUUGAAUAAUAAAUAAAAGUAAAUUGAAACAAUAAAUAACACCGUAUAUAAAUUGUUUGCGAUAUACAUGUAUUUACUGUAUGGUCAUUGUCGUAAUAAGUGGCAAAGUAAAUGUUAUCACAGGAUGACGGUAUGUUUGAGUCAUGUUCAUAUGCCAGACCAACUAACUGCAAAAUCAAAGUCAUUUGUAUCGGUAAACCUGCAAAUGAACAAACCCGCACAAUUCCUGAAACAAAAGAUAAGGGGAGAUAAUUCUGAGAUGCUGAAAUGAAACAUAGAUCUUUUACACAAAUUUAUAACAAUAGUGAAGAUGAAGCCCGAGUUUCCUGCACCUGUAUAUUUAUUGACUUUGACCUCCAUUAUGUCUUCAAACUUUGUUGUGAUUUAUUUGUAACAUUCUGUAUUUUUUUUCUUUUCAUUGUUUUAUAUCUUGGGGCAUUUCACACAUUCCAUGAUUGUACGUGUAAAGCAUGUAAGAUGAUGGCGUUUUUCUUUUUGUGUGUGUAGAUUUGAUUUUCAGUGUUGAUUAGAACACGACUCACAUUCUGUCGAUUCUACAUGAAUUUUUUAUAUUUAAAGCUAGAUUGACUAUGAUAGUCAUACAUUGUAUGGAGAUAUUAAAGUGAUUUUUUGUUGUGUGCCUACAGCUGCGCUUCACCCAUACCUACAAUUUACAAGUGGUGUAUGUAUUAGGAUAUAUAUACACUUACAACGGCAGGUUUUCAGUUAUUUAUCAAUCUGAAAUUUUAAAAUCAUUUUUAUGAGACAGUACUGUUUAAAGUAGAAAUCUAUAUUCUUCAACAGUACAAUGCAGAUACUUGAAAAAAAUGGCUCCUCUCCUUAAAAUAAUACAGACUUGAGCAAGGCAAGCUAGCCUUCUACUUUAUCCUGUGGUAUUAGUAGUAGCCUUGCUCUAGUCAGAGAAUUUUUAGGAGGAUGUGUCAAUUAAUUCAAGCACCUGUGAUACAAUUAAAUACUUAAUUUAAAUAAUUAUAAAUGCAUUGUGUUUAAGAAAGUAUUAUCAAAUUUAAGGAAAAAAUGUGAAUAUAUGACCUAUUUUCCUUGUAUAAGCUGGGUUGAAUGAUGCUGAUCUUAGAAGACUUCCAUUUUAUGGGGCUGUUAAGUUAUGUUUAAAUGUUGUAUUCAAAUGAAUGAUGAUAAUAAUAAAAUAAGGCCAAAACAAAAAUGUUUUCACUGUCUGAGAUUUUUUCUCUCAAUGAAAACCUUGGUUUAAAUAUUUUGGAGAUCCAAAAGCAAAACCACAACAUUUAUUUUUGCUUGGCCUCAUUAAUGUGAAUGAAAUUUGUCUAUGUUGAUCACAGAAAUUUGGGAUGUUCUACACUAAAACCUUGAGUAACUGUACGGUUAGUCAAAGCUUGAUUGCAAUUUAAGGCUGUAUGCUACCUUACUCUGACGAUAUGCAUCUUCUUUCAGAAAGAGUUCUGCAUUUAUAAGAGACCCAUGAAAUGUCUUUAAUGAUAAUGAUUGGGACUAACCAGUAAUGUUAAUCAACUGCUAGUUUUAAAAUGUACACCGAUAUGCAUGCUUUAAUUGUUAAAUUAAUUGGAUGCCAUCUUGAUGUAUCAAUGUAGUGGAGGUGUCAUUAUGCAGUGCAUUUUAUCUCCAUACCAGAAUAUUUCUAAACAUUUUCUUAAGGUUGGUAAGUAUAGAUUGUGAAAAGAUUCAUGUAGCACAACCAAAAAGUGUUUUUAUCCGACGUUUCGAUGACUAGGACGCUAUGUACUCUUGUCACCUUCAUUGGACAAAUAUCCAGUAAAGCGUGUACGCAAAUCGAGAUGAGGGGACUCGUAGACUCUCGCACAUCUAUGACCAAGUAUUAAACAAAGCAUAGCUGAAUCAAGUUAUUUUGGUACAUAUAUAACUUAUUGUACAUAUCGUUACAGCGAAGUCUAAUCGAUAUCAAUUUGUGGACAACUCGUACACAUUUCACACAUUUGCGUACAUAUGCUUUAUUGGUCAUACCGUACUAUUCAUCGAAAUGUCACAUAUAAACACUUUUUGGUUGUGCCACAUGAAUCUUUUCACAAAUGGUUUUCACCAAUAAAUUUGAAAAGAAGACCACCAUCUUGUGUACAUGAUUAAGACGUGUAUAUAUGUAUACUUUACUUGGAAGAGACAAUUGGGAUUUAUACAAAUUGUUUUAUGCAAAUUAUUUGAAGAAAUAUUUAUAUUGAUCAGUCGUAAAAUUAAGUGUGGUACAUUGUAUGUUUAUAUCAGGGUUGUACACUUUUAAGAAAUCUAUACACAAAAUGCAGACUAUGAAACUCCGUAGGGGAGAUCCUGAAUCAAUUUCUUUUGACUUGAUACAAAUUAUGUAAAUGCUGCUACUGUACAUGUAAUUUGUAUAGCUGAAUUGAGGCUAGGGCCAAAAUAUAUGUAUCGUUCUCUGUGAUCUGGUCCAUUUUACGAGAUGGAAUGGCACAGUAUAGUCUUUAGCCGUCGAUACCCCAUAGCUCAUUUUAUAAAUUCUGACUGAAGGCUAUAAAGCUAUGGUCGGCUACCUCUUUCAAAGUGGGAACUGGUGGACUAGCUGUAGGGUUCAAACUCUUUAGUUUCUGAUAACUUUUUUUCAACUUUUACUUGCCUCAGUGUCUCCAACAUUUUGAGUUUGCCUUACAUUCUAAGCUUAAUUUCUAUUACAAUUAACAUUCAAACUUGAGCUCAUUUAAUUUAGCUCGGAGCAGGUUCAUCAUUAAUGGUUGAUUGUUAAAGCGAUAACUCUACGACAUUUCUACAAUAUGUGUGGAUGGUUUAGGGGAACCCUUGCAUGUGUAUAUGACUCACCGUGUGAUAAAAGCAUCAGUUGGUCGGCAUACACACCAGUAUAACACUGUAUAUAUUAUAUUAUAUAUCCUUGACCACUGAUAGGGCUAUAUUACUGUGAGAAUAAAAUUAUAUACAUAUACAAUGAUGAGAAUUUGUUUGUGUCUUCUAUUAUAUGGAAUCUUUUACUCUCUUAUGAAUCCUCAACUCCUCAACUCUGAAACCCCCUGGCAGUUACAGCCUUGGGUCCCACUCCUCACCUCCACUCCCAAGCCCCUGGCAGUUACAGCCUUGGGU